CCUCACUAUCUCAAUAACCACGAUCCACACCCAAACACACGAGGAUAUGAGAGCUUGAUAUCUCAUAACCGGCAUUGCUGUUACAUCCUCAAUAUCAAUCAUUUCAGAUAGCGCCCCUCAGACGAUACCACGAACACCUAUAUAUUACCACUUAUUGACGAUCCAAGCAAGGGCCCGUUUCCGAGAAUGAACGGAGCCCACGAUCUCGACUCGGGACUCUUAGGCAUCGCGCUCUCUGACUCAGAUGCUGAGCCUGGCGACGAAGCGUCGUCGAAGAAGCCGUCACAAGAGGCGCGCACAGGCCAGUCAGAGGCCGAUUUCCAGGAGGUGAAGCGGACAUAUCACGUCAAGGUCGAGAACGGAGAGAUAUGGACGACGGUGCAGCUACCACUUGGCCCGCAGGUCCCUAAGCCCGAGGCACAGGCCCUGCUGCAUGCUGUGGAGGAGCUGUACUUCUUCCGGCGGUUUGCCGAGGGUGCACGGUUCGCCAGAUCUGUGAUAGACGAUGAUGCUGGGACGGGAAAGUUGGAUGACGAUACCCUCCAGACCCUUGUGUAUUAUGAGAAAAAAUGCCGCGAUAAAAAACAUACAAGUUAAUUGAUCGUAUCACUGCAAACGUGAGACUUGACACUCGAUGAGUUGCAUAUAUCACUGUCCAAAUUCAACGAUGAAAUGCCUUGAGAAGAGCUAAGAUUAUCGUUU